AUGCGUUUCCUGUCGACCGCUCUAUUUCUGCCCGCCAUAUUGGCAGAAAGGCUAGUUAUCCCAGAGGUUCAAAAUGCAACAAUUUCUCAUCAAGGUAUAUCGGCAUUCAACACCAACAAGGCGACUUACAAGGUCUAUCGUAAUGUCAAGGACUACGGCGCGAAAGGAGAUGGCAAGACCGAUGAUACCGCUGCUAUCAACAAGGCCAUCAGUGACGGCAGCAGAUGUGCUCCAGGAUCCUGCUCAUCGUCAAGCACAACAAACGCUGUCGUUUACUUCCCCGCUGGAACUUAUAUCGUUUCUUCAUCCAUCAUCGACUACUAUGCCACCAAUCUGAUUGGUAACCCGAACAAUAUGCCCGUUCUGAAAGCCACCGCCGGUUUCUCUGGAUUUGGUGUCAUAGAUGGUGCUGUGUACCAAGCCGGUGGCUCCCUGCCGUAUGGAGCGACGAACAUUUUCUGGCGGCAAGUCAAGAACUUCGUCAUUGACCUGACAGCUAUCCCAGCAGCCACUGAGGCGACUGGUAUUCACUGGCCCACCGCUCAAGCGACGAGCUUACAGAACAUUGUGUUUAAAAUGUCUACCAACUCAGGCACUAAACACCAAGGUGUCUUCAUUGAAUCUGGCUCUGGUGGUCUUUUGAACGACCUUGUCUUCAACGGUGGUCUGUAUGGAGCCGUGUUUGGAAACCAGCAGUUCACCGUCCGAAACCUCACCUUCAACAAUGCUGUCACUGCUAUUUAUCAGCUUUGGGACUGGGACAAUUGUACAGUAGGUCUCGACAUGGCUACCCGUGAUUCGAGCGGCGAAACCGUUGGAUCCGUUACCUUCUUCGACAGUUCCUUCACCAACACCAAGAUCGCAUUCAACAUCUCCCGCUCCACAAAGUCGACGCCAACAACAGGCGGUAGUCUCGCAAUCGAAAACGUCGCCCUAAAGAAUGUUCCCACCGCGAUCCUAUACGGCCCGACAAAAAGCACCCUCCUCGCCGGAACCACAGGUUCGACCACAAUCGCCAGCUGGGUCAGCGGCAAUGUAUACAAUCCAACCGGCCCUAAGACAACCGCCGGUGCUAUCACCCCUCCCACGCGUCCCGCCGUCCUCGUAAGCAACGGCAAGUACUACGAGCGCUCGAAGCCAUCCUACGCCAACCUAGCCUCGACCUCAUUCACCUCAGUCCGAACAGGCGGGGCUAAAGGUGACGGCACAACCGACGACACCGCGGCCUUGCAACGCGUUAUAAUCGCCGCCGCUAGCGCGGGUAAAGUAGUAUACUUCGACGCGGGUACAUACAAAGUCACGAAGACGCUGUUAAUCCCGGCGGGUAGUAAGAUCGUGGGUGAGGGUUACCCGGUGAUUAUGUCGAGUGGGUCGUUCUUUAAUAAUAUCAAUGCGCCGCAGGUUGUUGUGCAGAUUGGAAAUGCGGGAGAUUCGGGUACGGUGGAGUGGAGUGAUAUGAUUGUGUCCACGCAGGGCGCGCAGGCUGGUGCAAUUUUAAUUAGGUGGAAUUUGAAUUCGCCUGCUAGCUCGCCGAGUGGUAUGUGGGAUGUACACACUAGGAUUGGAGGGACCACGGGGUCGAGCUUGUCCCUGGCAAAUUGCCCGUCGACCCCGUCGUCUACGACGGUGAAUAGUAACUGUAUUGCGGGAUACAUGUCAAUGCAUGUGUCUAAGACGGCGGCGCGGCUGUACAUGGAGAAUGUAUGGCUAUGGGCUGCGGACCACGACGUCGAUGACAAGUCCCUCACGCAGAUCAAGGUGUACGCGGGUCGCGGGUUAUUGGUCGAAUCGACGGUUGGUACACUCUGGCUUGUUGGUACCAGCAUUGAACACCACGUCCGAUACCAAUACCAAUUCAGCAAGACGCAGAAUAUCUUCGCUGGCCAGAUUCAAUCUGAAACCCCCUACCACCAGCCCAACCCUGGCGCUCGGCAGCCGUUCCCCCUGAACACGACGAUCGAUGACCCCAACUUCGAUAUCUUGUGCCCGCAAGGCUCGUCGCCAACUACCUGCUCCGAAGCGUGGGGACUCCGUGUUAGCGCCAGCAAGAGCGUGCUUGUCUACGGUGCUGGAUUGUAUUCGUUCUUCAACAACUUUAGCACGUCUUGCUCCGCCAAGGGCGCGAGUUCGCUAUGCCAGACAGGCAUUGUUCAGUACGACUCCGCAAGCACGACAGGCUUCUUCAUCUACGGAUUGAACACCGUUGGCGCGUAUGGUAUGGUGUAUCGCGAUACGACUAAGCUCGCGGACUAUGCGGCAAACGUCAACGUAUUCCCGAGUUCGAUUAUCGCGUUUACUAGUAACAACUAA